UUUGUCUGGCUUGCUAAUUAGCAUUUGUGUCGUAGAUUUUAACGCAGAUUUCAAUUUAGGGUUAAUAUUUUUGACUGACGGGACCUAGUACAAGGUUUUGGAGGGGUUUUUUAAUCCCUGCUACUCUGACCAAGACUGGGGAGGAUUACUGUAGCUACAGCAGCAAAAGAAGCUAAUAUAAGACGUUUAUGCUACUAAACAGCUGGUGAAGUUUCAACGGUUCAAAGAUUGCUGUAGUGCGGCAAGAACAAACCACCUCUCUGGUGAAGCAGUGGAUGGUGUCCAAAGCUAAAGUCUGCCGUCAUCAGGGUCAGGCAGGCAGACGGGAUGUAUACUCACAAACACACUCAGUCAGAGAUCUCAGACAGGUGCAGAGAGGAAGAAGUGAACAACCAGCAUGGCCGGGAAAAGACGAGGUCGAGGCAACAACGCUCAGCAGCAACAGGCUCCGCAGAGACAGAGAGGAGGAGGCAACCGCAGGGCUUUGAGGGAACCAGCUGUUUAUGCCAAGUCUACAGGCUAUGAAUCAGACAUCCCUCAUGAAAAGCUGACCAUCGCACAAGCAAAGAGGGGGACACCAGCCAAUCGCCCAGUGCGAGUCUAUGCAGAUGGGAUCUUUGAUCUUUUCCACUCAGGUCAUGCUCGUGCUCUGAUGCAAGCCAAGAAUGUGUUUCCCAACACACACCUGAUAGUAGGAGUCUGCAGUGAUGAGCUCACCCACAAGUUUAAAGGCUACACAGUAAUGACAGAGGAUGAACGCUACGACGCCCUGACGCACUGUCGUUAUGUUGAUGAAGUGGUGCGGGAUGCUCCCUGGACACUUACUACAGAGUUUCUCAAGAAACACAAGAUUGACUUUGUGGCCCAUGAUGACAUCCCUUACACUUCUGCUGGAUCAGAGGACGUUUACAAACACAUCAAGGAAGCAGGAAUGUUUGUGGCCACUCAAAGGACAGAAGGAAUCUCCACAUCUGAUCUUAUCACUCGUAUUGUCCGUGACUAUGACAUCUAUGUUAGACGCAACCUGCAGAGAGGAUACACGGCCCGAGAGCUCAACGUUGGAUUCAUUAAUGAGAAGAAGUAUCGGCUCCAGAACCAGGUGGACAAAAUGAAAGAGACUGUCCGUACGGUGGAGGAAAAGUCCAAGCACUUUGUUUACAGAGUGGAAGAGAAGAGCCACGACCUUAUUCAUAAGUGGGAGGAAAAGUCACGAGAAUUCAUUGGGAACUUUCUGGAGCUCUUUGGACCUGAUGGAGCCUGGCAUGCGAUCCAGGAGCGGAGUGGCCGGAUGCUCCAGGCCUUGUCUCCUUACUCAUCACCCCGUGGCUCCCCGAGCAGCAGUCCCACCAGAAGACGCUCAGUUUCUCCUGACUCCUCUCCUGCCUUUAUGUCCACCUCCCCCUCUGUUUCUGCUUCAAACUCCUCAUCUCCAUCCUCUCUCUCACCUCCUUCUUCUCCAGCUACGCCCUCUUCUCGUAAAAGGAGGUCACGGGCAUCUCGCAAAGCUGCCUCCACAAAAAACUGAUUAUGUUUCAACCAUGUUUAUCCUUUUUAUGGGAGGCUAGGAAAAAAGUAAGGAGGCAUGAUGAAAAUUAACAUUUAAACAGAAGAACUUGAUUAUAGUGCAUUGAAAAUAUCCUGAUGUACAUAAUGUUUCAUCAUUGCAAAGAUGAAAUGUUUAUCCAUAAUAUUUAUCCGUAUAGAUGUACAGAAAUGAUAAUUAAAAUUUUGCUUGGA